CAGUACUACACCUGGAUUCACUGACCAGCCGCACAGCAGGCAUGUCCCGAAGGAAGCAGAGCAACCCCCGGCAGAUCAAACGUCCUCUGGAGGAUGGCCUGGAGGAAGAGGAGGAGGAGUGCGUCUCCGAGGAGAACGAGCUCCUGGCCAAAGACGAGUUCUCGGUGGAGGAGAACUUCUCCGCCGAGUUUGAGACGGAGAACAUGAGCUGUGAAGACAUGGAGUACUUCUGCAACAAAGGAGAGGAAGAUGGCAACCGAGAAGCAGGAGAGUCGGAGAUGGACGGGCAGGGCGAGAAGACCAGGCAUACCGCCGUGGGGCCAGACGAAUGGGAUGGUCCAAGAGAGCUGGAUGCGUUCCUUAAAGACGGCGAGCGUCGGAUCCACAGCCGGCAGCAGCUCCCUGUGGGGACAACAUGGGGACCCUUUGAGGGGAAGAUCGAGAUGAGCACUGAGAGCACUAAGACGAAGAGCACGGUCCCGGUGGUGCUGAGCGCCGGCCCCAGGUGGCUGCUGGAUGUGACUUGGCAGGGAGCGGAAGACAACAAAAACAACUGUGUGGUGUACAGCAAAGGUGGCCAACUGUGGUGCACUACCACCAAGAACAUGAUGGAGGGCGAGGAGCUGGUGGCGUUUGCGGUGGACUUUGACUCGCGUCUGCAGGCGGUGAACCACAUGUCUCUGAGCGAGGGCAUGUACCCAGCCAGGCUGCUGGACAGCAUCCAGCUCCUGCCGCAGCAGGCCGCAAUGGCUUCCAUCCUGCCCACCGCCAUCGUCAACAAGGACAUCUUUCCCUGCAAGGCUUGUGGAAUCUGGUUCCGGAGCGAGAGGAAUCUGCAGGCCCAUCUGAUGUACUAUUGCAGCGGGCGGCAGAGGGAGCCAGAGACAGUCGUGGAGGAAAACGACAGCGGUCCCCAUCAGACCCCCAGUAUCUGCCCAUUCCCACAGUGCAACAAGAGCUUCUCUGGAGCCAGGGCCCUGGAAAUGCACUUGAGCACCUCACACAGUGGUGUCAAAAUGGAAGAGAGCCUCCCUCCUGGCACCAGCUUGAAAUGCACAAUCUGUAACUACACGGCAGAUUCUCUUAUUACAUUCCAGCAUCACAUCAUGUCUCACCUGUCACAGGCGGCCUUCAGAUGCAAUCACUGCCAUAUCAGCUUCCAGAGCCACAGGGAACUCUUACAGCAUCAGGACUUACAUGGGCACGGCAGCAAACUUCACAGGGAAGGCGACGGCACUGAGCAUUCCCCCAGGGGGCCUGAGGAAAGCCUCCAGCAGCAGCAGCAGCAGGCCCGCGCUGAGCUGGCCAACAGGAAGGAUGCUCUGCUGGGAAGUCCCAAAGGGGCCCUCAAUAAGGAGACCAGCACAGACGGGGAGGCUGACAAGGCUGAGAAGAAGCCCAUGCUGUCGGUUCAGAAGGGAGAGGCCCACCCAGGCAGCAAAGCCAGUUUUUCUUACACUAGGAUCAAGUCUGAGCCCUCCAGCCCCCGGCUGGCCUCAUCCCCUGUGCAGCAUAACAUGCCUACAUUUCCCAUGGGCCCCUUCUUGUCUCAGUUUGCUUUCUCCCAAGACAUUUCAGUAGUCCCACAGGCUUCUGAGAUUCUGGCUAAAAUGUCAGAGCUAGUUCACCGGAGGCUGCGCCAUGGAGGGAACAGCUAUCCACCUGUCAUCUACAGUCCUCUUAUGCCCAAAGGGGCCACCUGUUUCGAAUGCAAUAUCACCUUCAGCAACUUGGACAACUAUUUGGUCCACAAAAAGCACUACUGUAACAGCCGCUGGCAACACAUGGCAAAGUCCCCGGACUUCUCCGCCCUCUCAGAUAAGGUCCCCGAGGCGGUGAGCCCCAACAGCGGCCACAGUUCUGUUAGCAUGUUGGCCGGCUGCCACCCUACAGAGGCCGACAACCACCUCAUGCAGUCCGCCUGCCUGAACUCCAAUGUGUUGGACAUGAUCAAUGCUGGGGCUAAAGGGCCUGAUAAGGAUCUAGCAGGACAGGUGAAGAAGGUGUCUACCCCGACUGGGGCUGAGGAGAGGCUGAACGGAAAACAAAUGGAGGGGAAAAGCCCCAGUACGGGUUUGGUGGAAAGUGACAAUGACCCAACCAAGACAACCUGCGAUGCCUGCAAUAUCACUUUCAGCCGUCACGAGACCUACAUGGUCCACAAGCAGUACUACUGUGCCACCCGUCAUGACCCACCCAUGAAACGCAUGUCCACCAACAAGGUACCCUCCAUGCAGAGAACCAUGAGAACCCGCAAGCGCAGGAAGAUGUAUGAGAUGUGUCUCCCUGACCAGGACCACCAGAGGCCUCCUAUGGGUCAGCCAGGUUUCCUCGGGGUUCCUCCUAUGAACCCUUGUACAUCCCAGGAAGCUGUAGAGAGCCUUGCAGACCGCUUCCACCCCCGCUGUGACAUCUUCCCAGGUAUGGUACCCAAGCACCUGGAGGCCUCUCUGACUGUCACUAAACCUAUUCUGGCUCCCAAGUGCAAUACAGUGGAGCAGCAGGAGCUGGACGCUCCCAUUGAUCUCAGCAAAAAGUGUUCGCCAGUCCCCGACAAGACAUGUAGCUCACCUAAAAGACUGUUGGACUAUCAUGAAUGUGCAGUUUGCAAGAUAAGUUUUAACAAAGUGGAGAACUACCUGGCGCACAAACAGAACUUUUGUCCUGCAACAGCACAACAACACAAUGAGACUGGCAGCCUGGAGUCGACCAUGUUCCCAGAUGUGAAGAAUGAAGGCAAUAACAACCCCGAUGACGUUUACGAUAAGAGCCCAGGCAAAUGUGAGAAGAAUGGCAAUGGAAAGGUGAUGGUGCAGAAUGGAGGCAUGUUCCCCCCUCACCUGGGACCUGUGCCGGGACUCAAGGCGUUUGCUGAGCCCCAACUCAUCCCAUCAAAAGAUGAGAACAAGAAUAUGUUUCUGCCCCACUGCCUUUAUCCCGGAGCAAUAAAGAAGGUCAAAGGUCCUGAGCAAAUAUCGCCGUAUUUUGGGAUAAAGCCAACCGAUUAUGUGACUGGGGGAGCAAUGAUGCAGGGUGAGGCCAGCGAACAGGAGCAGAGCGCCCAGCAGCCUGCCGCCAAUGGCUGCCCCCACCCUGGAAAGGAGUCCCUUCCCCUUCUGCCCAAAAACCGGGGCAUGGUCAUCGUCAACGGGGGGCACAAGCCAGAGGAGCGUUCGGGCACAGCUCCGCCACAGCAGGAGAACCAGCCCCAGCCAGACGGCCAACCUCCCAAUCCCUCUCCUACGUGGGCCACCGAGAACCAGGCCGACUCCAACGAGAACAUGUCGCCUUCCUCCAAGUCUCCAAGCGAGGAGGCAGCACCCACAGCCAACAAAGGCGUGAACGGCUCUGGAAGUGGCAAGUACUGCCGCCUCUGUGAUAUCCAGUUCAACAACCUGUCAAACUUUAUUACCCAUAAGAAGUUUUACUGUUCAUCACAUGCUGCAGAGCAUGUAAAAUAAGUUGAGAAGAGCAAGGCAUGCUCUUCU